AUGGGCGUCGUUCCCAUCGAAGAAUUGGAGCGGCCGACCAUUGAAGAACAAGCUAAGGCAUUAAUUGUCCAAGUAGGUGGAAAUUGGAUGACACCGCUCAUCCAAUACCUAAUGGACGCACAUCUGCCAGAUAAUAAAGAUGAAGCCAGACGGGUCAGGUAUAGAGCUGCUAGGUACUUAUUGUACGACAGCUUGCUCUACCGACGAGUCUAUUCAACACCUCUACAGCGGUGUCUGGGUGAUGCCGAAGCCCAGAAGGUUUUGAGGCAAGGAUACUACUGGCCCACGCUUAAAAAGGACGCUUUUCAAUACGCCCGACGUUGCGAUAAAUGCCAAAGGUAUGCCACAAUUCCUAGAGCACCCCCAGAAAAUUUAACUUCCAUUCUCAGUCCAUGGCCCUUCGCCAAAUGGGGGGUUGACCUGAUCGGGCCAUUACAUCUUGCACCCAGGGGAUUUAAGUUUGCAAUCGUUGCGGUAGACUACUACACGAAGCGGGCAGAAGCAAAGGCUCUAACUACAACCACGGAAGCAGCCUGCACCAAAUUCAUGUGGGAUCACAUCGUGUGCCGGUUCGGGGUUCCCCACUCGAUAGUAUCCGACAACGGAAAGCAGUUCGACAAUGCCUCAACACGCAGAUUCUGCGAUAGCUUGGGCAUCCAGAAAGACUUCUCGGCACCGAUCCAUCCACAAUCAAAUGGACAAGUCAAGGCGGUCAAUAAAAUACUAAAGUAUACCCUCAAAAAGAGACUCGACGAUCUGAAAGGGAAAUGGGCUGAGGAACUUCCCAAGGUCCUAUGGGCAUACAGAACGACGAGCCGAACUACUACGGGUGAGACACCCUUCUCCAUGGCGUAUGGCGUCAAGGCAGUACUCUUUAUAGAAAUCGAAACGCCGACUCUAAGAACCGUCAUCCAUAACAACGAUGACAACGCGGAGGGCAUGAACGGAGAACUCGACUUGUUGGAAGAAAAAAGGCUCGACUCCCAACUACGUCUUGCCGCCUAUCAGCAAAGAACAACGCGAUACUACAAUAAGAAAGUUCGGCAGAGAAGGUUCAUCCCAGGAGAGCUAGUAUUAAAAAGGGUAACGCAGAGCACAAAACCCAAAAAUACUAGUCCACUAGGCCCAACUUGGGAAGGGCCCUACCGCAUAAGGGAAGUUCUACGUCCUGGUACCUACAUUUUGGAGAGCCUCAACGGCAAAAGGAUUCAACACCCAUGGAAUGCAGAACAGCUAAGACUGUACUACCAAUAG